CUAGCUAGUUCUGCUGUAGAUCUACAAAGACUACGCCAAUCCCGCCAGAGCUAGAGCACGGCUCCACGAUUGCCGGACUGGCUUGCUACUUUAUCGUCCCUCCCUCGAACAUCUACGAUGACGAUCUUCUAAGUCUCACGACCCUCCCCGGUACUCGAUAACUUCUCGAUGUCCUGCCCUUUCCACCCAGUCCGAGCUUCUUUGUGUGCGUCGUGCAUCACAAACCGUUUACUCGUACUUUCAUCCUAAUCAUUCUUUUAACCUUUGGGCUAUUUUCGCAAUGGCAAAUUUUUCCAUCCUGGAAGCUCUCGACACACUGUGUACCUCCGUCCCGGAGUGGAACAACCGACUCGACCAACUUAACGGGCAGAUUGCUCUGCGACAAAUCGAAUUGGCUCGAUUGACCGACACCGAGCGUCCCCCAACACGCUCGCUGAAGAACAAAGGUUCUACGGAAUCUCUGCGACCCAAAGAUGGACACGAGAACCCGUUCCUGUCCCACGACCCCGAGAAUCCGGACGAUAUCCAGCUCAAUCCCUUCGAUUCGCCGAAGUCAAAUCACAAUGGAUUCACGUCGAAUCCUCGGUCGGCCGGCACUGCGGGCAGGACCAAGACCCCUCCAAAAGCAAGCUCCAAUCCGCAUUCGUCUCCUGGCGGAUUAAUGCGACAAUCCUCCCAACCGACCCCUCUGCAACGACCAGGUGGUAAUGUGCUGCGAAAGAGAAAGACCGAAUCACUUGCGUCGAACGAGUCGUCCGUUGCGCCGAAAUACCGGACGAGAUCUAUGAUCAUUGUAUACUAUGACAGCGCGGUGCAGACUGCAUUCGAGGAACUGGUCAAGUUUGUAAGUGGAAGCAGGAAUGCGAUGCGGAAGGGGAAAAUGGCAACGAAAAUGGCAGAGAUGAAAAGAGCUGCAGAAAUGGAAGUAGGGGAUGAUGACGACGACGAUGAGGAGGAGGAGAAUGUUGGUGACAAUCUGGUUGCGAAUAAGAAAGGGCUUGUUGCAGCCCAGAAGAAUGUUUCCGUUAGCAAGCAAGGCCAGAGCUUGGAACCUGGGGGAAUAGCGGCGGGAGAUUCAGACAGCGCGGAUAUGGCGAUGCCAAAACUGAAAUUCGUUUCGACGAGACAGAUGGGUCCUUCGAGAGAUGCUGCAGCGAACAAAGAUACCCACGGAAGUACAUUGAGCGUUGGACUUCUGCGGGGAUAUCGAAGAGCCGGGGGAGAUGCGCCCGAUAUCUUCGAUGAAUUGGAUAAAGGGCUCGAAUGGUGUCAAGGCCAGUGUGAGCAUGCGGCUCACCAAUUCCUUCGAGAUGGCGAGUGCGGCACCGAGAUUGCGAAUAUAAAGAGGAAAUUGGCAGAGGUAAAGGAGACAGCUGAGAAGGAGAUCGAGAAGCUCAACAAGGCAGAAGCGGAGAACCCGACUCCGAAGGCGGCUAAAGCAACGGAGGAAAGACAGCUAAAGACCCCUCUUGUACGACGGGAACUUGGAUCUUUCAAGGAUCUCGAAGUCGAUGAUAUGGAGGUUGACGAUGAAGGAGUGGACGGCCUUGAACCCCCAAAGUUGGUCUUCAAGCGGUCGAGAGACAUCGGCCGUUGAGUCCCUGUCAUUUAUUACCUUCUGGUAAUGAUCUAAUUCUUGUCCAUCUUUAUAUUUUGAUACUAUGUCAUGCACUUUCAGCGAGCGAGCAAACCAUCUGGAUUUUGGUCGGAGCCGCUGCCUUCAGCAGGAGGACUUUUGGAUAUGCAUUGCACUAGGCGUUAUGAAUGUUUUGGGAUAUACUUCUCCACGCAUCUUGACAUCUGAUUAGGGAAAAG